CCAUUUCUGCGCAAUCUUCUACUGUUGUACUUGUGUGAUGGCAGCAAUCGUGAAAGUUGAAGUAAAAGAAGAAAGUGAAGUUAAUGCGUCCAUUGAUGAAAAGAUUUUAGUUAAGAAUGAUGACGCAGAAAUAAUAAAGCAAGAACUCGAUGCUGAUUAUGCUAAUAACGCAUUCAUCUUUAAAGAUGAAGUCCAGAGGGACAAUGAAUCUUUUAGUGAACAACCUGAAGAUUUCCCAUCUGUUAAUCAACCGCGAGUUUCGAAGGACUGUAAUUACAUCACUAGUAACUCGUGCAGAUUGAUAGCACAUGAGCGAACCCAUACAACUUUUAAGGAUUUCAAAUGUGCCCAGUGUAAUUACGCAACGAAUCGGAAAUCUAACUUGAAAUCACAUCUACGAAGGCAUACUUACAAAAAUAUAAAAUGUGACCAAUGCGAUUAUGUAACUAAUUACAAGUCCAGUUUUUCAUCACAUUUGCUAACACAUGCGACAUCCAAAGAUUUUAAAUGUGUUCAGUGUGAUUUUGCAACAAAUCGGAGAUCUACUUUGAAAGCACAUCUACUGAGACAUGGGAGUUCCAAAAAUUUCAAAUGUGGCCAAUGCGAUUAUGUAACUAAUUUUAAGUCCGGUUUGAGAUCGCAUUUGUUAACGCAUAAGAAAUCGAAGGAGUUCAAAUGUCCCCAGUGUAAUUACGCAACAAAUCGGAAAUCUAAUUUGAAAUCACAUCUACUAAGACACGAGAGUUCCAAAAAUUUCAAAUGUGGCCAGUGUGAUUAUGUAACUUGUUACAAGGCCUGUUUGAAAUCACAUUUGUUAACGCAUGAGACAUCAAAGGAUUUCAAAUGUGCCCAGUGCAAUUACUCAACAAAUCGGAAAUGCCAUUUGAAAUCUCAUCUGCUAAGACAUACAUGUAAGACCGCCAAGGAAUUUAAAUGUGAUCAGUGUUAUUACGCAACCAAUCGGAAAUCUAGUUUGAAAACUCAUCUACUAAUACACGAGACUUCCAAAAAUUUCAAAUGUGGCCAAUGUGAUUAUGUAACUAAUUACAAGUUCAGUUUUAAAUCACAUUUGCUAACGCAUCAGGCAUCGAAGAAAUUUAAAUGUGAUCAGUGCGACUUUACAACACAUCUGAAAAUUCUGCUUAAAGGACAUCGGCUAGUACACAAAAUAUUCAAGGAUUUCAAAUGUGCCCGGUGUAAUUACGCAACAAAUCAGAAACGUUACCUGAAAACGCAUCUGCUAAGUCACGAGACUUCCAAAAAUUUCAAAUGUGGCGAAUGCGAUUACGGAACUAAUUACAAGUCCAAUUUGAAAUUGCAUUUGUUAACGCAUAAGUCGUCCGAGGUUUUCAAAUGUGCCCACUGCGAUUUUGCAAUGCAUAACAAGUUUCAGCUUAAAAAACAUCUGCUAAUACACGACGUUUACAAACAUUUGAAAUGUGACCAAUGCGAUUACGCGACAAAUCGGAAAUGCCAUUUGAAAUCACAUCUGCUAAGACAUAAGAUUUCCAAACAGUUCAAAUGUGACCAAUGUGAUUAUGUAACGAAUUACAAGUCCAGUUUUACAUCACAUUUGUCAACGCAUAAGUCAUCCCAGGAUUUCAAAUGUGCCCAGUGUAAUUACACAACAAAUCGGAAAUAUAGUUUGAAAAUGCAUUUACCAAGGCAUGAGACUUCUAAUAAUUUCAAAUGUGGCCAAUGUGCUUAUGUAACUAAAUACAAGUCCAGUUUUGCAUCACAUUUGUUAACGCAUAACGACAUCCAAGGUGUUUAAAUGUGAUCAGUGUGAUUUUGCAACACAUGGCAAAACUCAGCUUAAAAGACAUCUGCUAGUACACAAAAUAUCUAAGGUUUUCAAAUGUGCCCAGUGUAAUUAAGCUACAAAUCAGAAAUAUGGCAUGAAAAUACAUAUGCUAAGACAUGGGACUUUCAAAAAUUUCAAAUGUGCCGAUUGUGAUUAUGGAACCAAUUACAAGUCCAGUUUAAAAUCGCAUGUGUUAACACAUAAGGCAUCCAUGGAUUUUAAAUGUGAUCACUGUGAUUACGCAACCAAUCAUAAAUCCAAUUUGAAAAAACAUAUGUUUGGACACAAGACUCUAACAAGUUUCAAAUGUGCCCAGUGUGAUUUUGGUGCACGUUUAAAAUUACAGCUUAAAAAACAUCUGCUAAUACACGACAUUUACAAAAAGUUGAAAUGUGGCCAAUGUGAUUACGCAACCAAUAAUAAUUUCCAUUUCAAAAGACAUUUGCUAACACACAAAACGUUUAAGGAUUUUAAAUGUACUCUGUGCGAUUACGCAACAAAUUAUAAAGCACACUUUAAAAGGCAUGUGCUAGGACACGGGACUUUCAA